AUGCGAUGCGCGAGCAAGGCCGCCGAGAGCGCGUCCGCACGUCUCUGUGCGGACGCCGAAGCAGAAACCACAGCAACUGAUGUCUCAUCGGUUGCGGAAGCGACUCAGCCUGUGUCACCUGGUGAUGCAGGCGCUCGUCAUGAAGACACUCAUGUCUUCACAGAGUAUGAGCUCGGUGUCUCAUACUCUCCUGAUACGGAAGACGGAUCCGUAUCGACGGCGAUUGAAAGCAAGCCUCCUGCCAAGCGUGGCAUGGAUGAUGCUAUGCGCCGCAGCAUCUUUGGUUCAUCUGAUGAAUCAGAUGAACCAUCGCCAAAGCGAAGGCGCUCGAGGUCGCGAAACUCGGGCGCUAACAGUGGUGUCGGUUCUCCUAUGGACACCACUUCGCAACGAGGUGCCAGUCCUUCUGUCGGCACGUCGCAGGAAGAGCGGGACCGCAAUGUGUUGCGUCUCGCUCCUGAGAAGAAGGCAUGGAUGCCUCCAAAAUCCGUCAUGGAUCACUUGUCGGCGACGACGAGUGAUCGUUAUCGAACACGGUUGUUCGAUUCGUCAAGGAUCCAUCACCUUGACCCCAGUGCGAAAAACUAUCGCGCUGAGAAUGAUUUCUUCAUCGAUGCUUUCUUUAGACAUCGAUGGUACAGUGGGAAUCACAAACGUGAUGGUCCCUCACUGCUUCAAGCGUGGAACGCCUACAUCCAUAACCUUGAGGAUGUAGGUCGUGACGCUUGGAACGACAAACUUAUCAAAGCUCGUGAUAAGUUUGAAAAGCGAACCCCAACAGGUGCAUGCUACAAGCUGCAUCGUCUGUCCAGGGAGAAAGGGUUAUCCUGCCUCUCCUGGGGAGACUCGUGCCCAUGUUGUGUGAACAAUUCUGCACGAGCACCUAAGGAGGCUUACCUCCUUACCAGCCCGUGGUGGCGCGUACGUAUCUCUAGUGAGAUGUACAUAGGGUUCGACAAUCUGAAAUCCCUUUACGACUGUGCUGGGAAGACUUUCUCCGGCGGUCCUUCUGCGGCACAGGAUGUGCCGCGUCGUACUGCUCAACCAGACCCAGUACGUCAACCAUCAGUUGGGAGCGGGGCUCCCAAGUAUCCCAGGACGAGGGAUAACCGCUUCUCCAGCGUUCCUUCUGCGGCACAGGAUGUGCCGCGUCGUACUGCUCAACCAGACCCAGUACGUCAACCAUCAGUUGGGAGCGGGGCUCCCAAGUAUCCCAGGACGAGGGAUAGCCGCUUCUUCAGCGUUCCUUCUGCGGCACAGGAUGUGCCGCGUCGUACUGCUCGACCAGACCCAGUACGUCAGCCAUCAGCUGGGAGCGGGGCUCCCAAGUAUCCCAGGACGGGGGAUAGCCGCGCCACCGGACGAGUUAACUCGUCCGACGUCCAUUCACGUCGCGGUGGUUCAACAGCUGCUCAAACAGAUAGCGCUGGCCACCGCGAGAGUCCCCUAAUGGAGGUGGAUGAGGAGGGAAGACGGUACCCACACUGUCGUGGGUUAGCGUGUGUUCCCGAGAGCUUCUUUGAUCGCGUAACGCAAGGGUUACGCGGCGAUCUCGAACAUGAGCGGGACAGGCGUCUCCAACUGGCGGACGCUGUCUUGAAGCAUCGAGCUGAGUUUGCCUUUGCUCAGCUUGAGAACGAGAGAGCUCUGACGUCUCUGCGUGACGAGCUAAGGGUAGCUCGUGGUAAUGUUGAUCGGUCUCGGUCUGAGAUAACUGCUCUUCAGACCCUUGUCGAUGCCCGCCAUCGGGAGCACAAGGCUCUCUGCAAGAUGCUUGAGCGCAAGGGCGUUGUUUUUUUUUCAUCGGAAGAAGCAGCGUACUGA